GUAAAGGGGUCCAUAAUGAGACCAGUUCAGUGGAAGGCAACGGAGCACCGCUGACUUGACAGAUACGAAAUGUUGGCGUGGAAGGCCGGUGUGCGUAGUAUUUUGACGUGUGUGAGUAAACAGAAGUGGCCUUACAGAACAAGAGCACGAACUUGUCGACAAAAUGUGCGUGGCGCCGGCAGCUGUCAUGCGCGGAACUCCCACACGGCGGCGUCGGGUAAGGGGGCCGUUGGGACCUACGAUGACCUGUACCGCCGAUCCAUCGAUGAGCCCGAGGAGUUCUGGGACGAGGUGGGGCGCGGCGUGGAGUGGCACGAGCCCUACACGCGCGUCCUGGACAACAGUCAGGAGCCGUUCACCAAGUGGUUCGUGGGCGGGAAGCUGAACACCUGCCACAAUGCCGUGGAUCGCCAUGUGUCUGCGGGAAGGGGCGAUCAGGUGGCCCUCAUCCACGAGUCGCCCAUCACGAAGUCGCUCGCAAAGAAGACCUUCUCUCAGCUGGAGGAGGAGGUGUCGCGGGUGGCGGGCGGCCUGGCUCGCAUGGGCGUAGGCGUGGGCGAUCGCGUAAUGGUUUACAUGCCCAUGGUGCCCGAGGCAGUGGUGGCGAUGCUGGCGACCGUGCGCCUCGGAGCCGUCCACUCGGUGGUGUUCGGCGGAUUCGCUGCGAGGGAGCUGGCGACCCGCAUCAGUCACCUGGAGCCGCGCGUGGUCGUGACGGCCUCGUGUGGCGUCGAGCCGUCGCGCCUCGUGCGCUACAAGCCCAUCCUGGACGAGGCGAUAGCGCUGUCCUCGCACAAGCCCAGGAACGUGGUCAUGCUGCAGAGGAGCGGGCUGGAGGAGGCCCCGCUGAGCCCGGGACGCGACGUGGCGUGGCAGGACCUCGUUGCCUCUUCGCCUCGCCACGACUGCGUACCCGUCGACGCCAACCACCCGUGCUACAUCCUGUAUACCUCGGGCACCACCGGGCAGCCAAAGGGCAUCGUGCGGCCCUCGGGAGGUCACGCAGCCGUGCUUUCUUGGACGAUGGGCGCGGUGUACGGCAUGGCGCCGGGGGAAGUGUGGUGGGCCGCCUCCGACCUGGGCUGGAUCGUCGGCCACUCCUACAUCUGCUACGCCCCGCUGCUCAACGGCAACACCUCCAUCGUAUACGAGGGCAAGCCCGUGGGCACGCCGGAUGCCGGCCAGUUCUUCCGCGUGAUCCGCGACCACGGCGUGAGCGGGAUGUUCACGGCGCCGACGGCCCUGCGCGCCAUCAAGCGCGAGGACCCGGAGGUGGUGGAGGGCAGGAAGUACGACACGGCGUCGCUGCGGUACCUGUUCGUGGCCGGGGAGCCGCUGGACCACGAGACGCGCGUGUGGUCCGAGAAGAGCUUCGGGGCGCCCGUGCUGGACAACUGGUGGCAGACGGAGACGGGGUUCCCCAUCACAGCUCACAGCGUGGGGAUGAACAUGUCACUGAACCCACCUCGAAACGCUUCGGGGAAGCCCAUGGUUGGCUACAACCUGUCGGUGUUGACGGAGGAGGGGCGCGAAGCGGGGCCUGGCGAGCUCGGGCGCAUCGUGUGCCGCCUGCCGCUUCCUCCCUGCUGCAUGAGUACCCUCUACCGGGCGGACGAUCGCUUCGUAGACACAUACUUCAGGGAAUACCCGGGUUACUAUGACACCAUGGAUGCCGGCAUGCGCGACGCCCAGGGCUAUGUGGCCGUUAUGUCGCGUGACGACGACGUGAUUAACGUGGCGGGCCACCGGCUGAGCACCCUUGCGCUGGAGGAGGCCAUGCUGGAGCACCCAGACGUGGUGGACGCGGCCGUCGUCGGCGUCCCGGACGAUAUGAAGGGCGAGGUCCCGCUCGGCCUCUUCGUCGUCAAUGCUGGAAGUGAGCUGACGGAGGAGCAGGUGUCGAAGGAGCUCGUGGAUGUGGUCCGCCGCGUGAUUGGGCCCGUGGCGGCGUUUCGGCUCAGCGGCGCCGUCAAAGGGUUGCCCAGGACGCGCUCGGGCAAGACGGCAAGGAAGAGCAUCGCUGACCUCGCACGCGACAAGGCCAUCAAGAUCUCUCCGACGAUCGAGGACCCGAAGGUGUAUGAAGACAUCCACGCGACCCUCAAGCGCCUUGGAUUCGCCCUCAAAGUGCCAACACCGAGCUGAAUCCAAUCGCGGACGCACAACUGGCGGCUCGAAGGGCAAACCCGUGACCGAGUUCCUGUGCGUGACAUGUGGGUUUACCUUCCAGUAUUUGGCGCUUGUGAAGGUGGCGUGACAAGAGUAUGGGUACGGUGAGAAAUACAGCUGAAAAGUGAUGUAAAAAUACAAUAAAACAGUGACGAUGAAUGAAGUACGAACACGAGAAAGUGAAAGUGACAAGAUCUAUCUCGAGCAAAAGUUCUUGCAACACAUACUUUAAUAAUGAUAAUGGAAGCACUGCCAGCAUCAUUGCAUAAUAAUUUCUCAAUCUCAGAGUGGUUGUCUUUAUAGUUUUCUUUCAAAGUGUUAAGGAAAUAGAUUAAAUAUAUAACAUAACCAAAA